UAAAUCUCUAACAGCAUGCUGAGCAACACCACCGCUAUCGCAGAGGCCUGGGCUCGCCUGGACCACAAGUUCGACCUGAUGUACGCCAAGAGGGCCUUCGUCCACUGGUACGUUGGAGAGGGGAUGGAGGAGGGAGAGUUCUCUGAGGCCAGAGAGGAUAUGGCUGCCCUGGAGAAGGAUUAUGAGGAGGUGGGCACCGACAGCGUGGGGGACGAAGGAGAAGAAGGGGAGGAGUACUAAGUCACUGAAACAUCUGUGGUGAAGACUCUGACCCCUCCAUUGUCUAACUUCAGCUCCUUUCUAAACAACACACACACACACACACACACACACACACACACACACACACACACACACACACACACACACACACACACACACACACACACACACACAUUGAUGGCAGGAGACAGUUAUGUUUUGGCCAGGUUAAAAAAAAUCUCCCCAGGGAUCAGCUGUUGCAUCUCGGGACUUUAAAAAAAAAAAAGUUCAUUUUUACUAUUUUAUUUUGAGUCAUUCCAAAUGUUACGGCUUUGUAAACAAUCCCAAUAAAGUUCACUUGGGUUCCGACAUGA